UGAUGCUUUGCGCUCCCCGGACAGUGUGGGCGCCAGGCUGCAUGCUCGCUGCACUUCCGCUUCCGGUUUGACGUUGUGUCUCCGUUAGCGCCGGUUCCCGGAUGAGGUGGGAGCGGGAGGACAAGCAGAGUCUGCACCGGUGAGUGGGGGCGGGGGCGCAGGGCUCACCGGGUGGGGGGCUCAGCCAUCACUCCGGCCGCUAAAUCCUCGGGCUGGAGUAAGAGCUGCUGCGGGGAGAGAGGCAGGGAUGGCGGGGGGAACCGGGAACAUAACACCUCUCCCGGGCCGGGGAGGGCCGGCCUCACCCGGGGGGGGCUGGAGAGAGGCUGCCCGCUGGGCUCCGGGGGGGGAGGGUGGGGGAUCCGGAGGGGGUCACAGAAAGUUCUGAAAGUGCAGCUAGUGCCAGGAAUGGACGGCUGUUUCCAUGGUGAUUGCUGGAUAUUGGGCUCUGGGUCCAUGUGUUUACACUGUUAUUAUUAUUAUUAAAGCACUGCUCACAGGUCUGUAUGUGUCAUUGAAUGCCUUCAGGGAGAGAUUGGGACCUUCAGUGUGGAUUCCUAGUAGAGUCAGGGUCACACUGGACUGUAAUGGGGCCUUUAUAGUGAGGGACCUUGUGUAUUAGAGGAGCACACAAUACCACAAAGGAAUAAUAACAUGUGGUGGUGGUCACCUUGGUUUGACAGGGCUCCUACUAAAGAGGGUGUUUAACAGGAAGAGUUGGGGGGUUAACGUAGGAUGAAUGGGUUCCUUAGUACACUGGACUGCAAGGAUGCCUAUGAUUGCAGAGCAUACCCUAGGUCAGGGAUUGGCAACCUUGGGCACUGCAGAUGUUUGGACUACACCUCCCAUGAUGCUUUGCCAGCAUUAUGGCUGUAACAGCAUUGUGGGAGAUGUAGUCAACAGCAUCUGGAGUGCCAAUGGUUGCCUGCCCUAGGUCCUAAUUGGCGAUGCAAAGAUACCCAGGAAAGCAGAGGGACAUUUUACUGCAGGUGGAAGUUGCAAAUUAAUAUUUGCAGGUAAAUGAUAUUCUGCUGCUCCAGCUGUUAUUGAGUAUGUUUACAGUGGUGAUCCUUUAGCUGAGCAUAUUUGGACUUGCUUUCCAUUUCUAGAAUGGUUGUAUAACACUUGUCUAGACCAGCAAGACUUGUAAAUUGUUCUAAAAUGGAAUAUAAACGUAACAAGAUACUGAUAGAUUUACAUAGCCUGGUGAACAAAAAUGAUCACGUUAAAAAAACACUCCAGUCCACCUUUUGUAUUCUUUUACUCAGAUUAUCUCAUUUGCACAGUGUUUGUCCUUAAUAUUUCACUGUGGGAAGUAACUGAUACUGUAGGAACCACUCUAAAAUACAAGACACUUCAUAGGAGUGUUUGGUACUAAAAAUGUUAAAAUGUUUCUUUUGCUAUGUUUUUUUAAUUACCCUGAAUGUCUUUCUUGACUAAAUUAAUAUCUGACAUGUUACAUUCAAGUGUCAUGUUGUAUAUCCCGGUAUUAUGCUGAUUAAUAUACAUUUAUCUGUUUUUUAGAUAUUGAAGCCACUGUUUCCCCUUGCAAACAUGUCUCACUCCAAACGGGAUCUGGAAGAUUUGAAAUCAUGGAUAGAGAAAUCUAUCAAAGGAGUUCUGGGUUUCCAUGAGCCUGCUGCCGUUUCUGCUGCUCUAAAUUGCAUAGGGAAAGGAAUGGACAAGAAAAAGGCCUCUGGUGAGUGACAUAAAAGGUUAUUUUGGAAGUGGAUUGUCAGAAUAUCCGAUUAAUGAUAUAAACCUGUAAGAUGGGGACAUCUUCAUAUCAAAGAAAUCAGCAGUGCCUUUCAGCUGAGCACAACAUCUCACAGAUUCAAUACAUAAAAAUUAAAUCAGAAACUAUCCAAUGAAAUUGCACUCUUUGUAUUCUUUUGGUAUAUAACAUUUGGCUUUUAUGAUAGUCCAAGUUACAAUUCAUAUCACAGUGGUACACUUGGGUUUCGAUAUGUCAAGAGGCAGUAUCCAACUGGGGGGUGCUUAUUAAACAAACAAUUGAUUGCUGAUUUAUAAAUGACACAAUGUCCAGUCAGUUUGUGAUUGUAUUCUUUUGUGUAAAAAAAAAAAAAAUAUAUAUAUAUACAUUUUCUUUAUCAAGACCAUUUGAAGCCGUACCUGGAUGAUUACACGCCACGGUUUGUUGACAAACUUUAUGAUGCUGCCAAAGAAAGUCGAAGCUCGAGACAUUCACGGUCAGGUAGUGAAAGGAGCAGGAAACGUGAGAGCAAGGUAGAGACUUUGUUUUUUUAUUUUCUCUAAUUAAAACACUGAUAAAUUUUCCUACCUCUCCUAUAGUAUGUCAAAGUGGCUUGUUCUAAUAGGAGCCAGAUCCAUUUCUUGUCCAUCUGCAUUCAAGGAAUGUUUUCAAACAGUUGGCUGCCUAUUUACUGAAUGCAGAAUUCUGAGCUAUGCCUGAUUUAGUAUGAAAACACCAUAAUUUUGUACUUAAGAAAAUAAAAUCUUUACAGUCUAUAGUGUUAAAGAAUGAGGGCUAGUAACAAGAUUUUUUUCGUUUGUACAAAUGUAGAAAAUGUCCCGGCUUUAAAAUGUGAUUUAUAAUUUGUAAGGGCUAGAUUCUGUUAUAAGAGCUAAACCUAUCAGUGGUAAUUAAAAAGAACCCCUCCUUUUCAUUUAUAAAGUUUUACUUACAACUAUAAGUGAUAUAAUAGACUUUCCUAUUUUAUAUAUAUAUAUAAUUCACCAUAUAUGUGUCCAAGUGAACUUUUGUUUAAAUUGAAGGGGAAAACAAAUUAAAUUUACAAAAAAAGAGCACUUUUUUGUUGGAUGAAACUGAGGUUCAAUUUCUACCUUCCACUAGCCAUUGACAAGAACAAAUACAGCCCUUGCGAGUAGACAUUUACUCCUGGCGAGCAUGCCAUGAACUGUCCAGGCUUGAAGUGGCUACUUACUUUCGGACCUGGCUAGUAGUGUAGAAUGUUUUGAGCUUUUUUUUGUAAAUUAUAGCAUUGCUGAUAAAUUACCAAUGUUAUUUUUGAUCAUUGUAAUAGAAUCCAGCACUAUGUGUGCAAUCAGAUUAGAGGCUAUGGUGGGAAUCUGUCAUUAGAGGUUUGAAAGAGGGAUAUUGGGAUUAAAUCCUGCUAAAAUAGACCGACAGGCAGUAUACAGGCUGUCCAUUUUGCAGUUGUCCCUUUAUCUGUAUGUUUGUUUUUGCCUUGUUAAGGAAGUGUUUGUGGAUGAUUCAGAUCACCCCAAGGAAACAUCCAGUAUGAAGAAAAAGCGGACUCAGCGCUUUGAGGAGGUGGAGGAAGAGCCUGAAGUGAUCCCCGGUCCACCCUCUGAGAGCCCUGGCAUGCUCACCAAGAUACAGGUAGCCUAGUUUGUACUUUCUAACUAUGAUUAUUGUGGUAGAUACGGCAUUCUACAACUCUUUCACUGCAAGAGGUAUGGACAUGCAUUGCUAUCGGGCACUAAAAGUGUGAAAGACUGUUUUUCAACACAUGGUCCUCUUUCCCUUUUGUGAUAGUGGUAAUAUUAGAAUAUUUGAAAAUUAAUCCCAUCAGAAAGCAUCUUUCAAAGACAGGAUCAUUUUGAGAUUACAUAAAGCGCCAUUCCGGGAAAAGGUUGUAAAUCUGAUCAGUCCCCAUUUAAAACAUUGGAAUGAUCCUGCUGUUUGCAGUCCUUUUAGCACUAUGCUCCAGAAUUGCUUGUUAUGCACCUGCCCCUUGUCUACCUGUCAGUGCAGUGCUUCCAUUUUCCAAGUAUUUUUACAGUUAGAGCUCUCCUCCAAUUAUUUGCUAUGUUACUAGAGAUAUCUGUGUGUGGUUUAUAAAGCUUGAUGGGGUGUUCUCUGUGCACAGGGACUACAAGAUACAAGUGUAUAUAUAGGUUUGUUUUCACAUAGAAUUGGUAUAAAACUGUGGGAGGCAAAUGAGUAGUUUAUAAAAAUGAUGCAACUUUUUUUUCAUUAUUUUUUAUUUUUUUUGCUUCCAUGUGACAUUACCAGUUAUUGAGGGAUUCCAACAUAUUACAGUUACUUAUAGAGUGCUAUGUACUUACAGUGCAGCUAUCAUUCUAUCCUCGUUUAAAGAGCUGCCUGGGAGCAGGUCCAUCACCUUGUGUUUCUAGAUUUAAUAAUGUCAGUUUCUUUAUUUUUACAGAUCAAACAAAUGAUGGAGGCUGCCACAAAGCAGAUAGAGGAAAGGAAGAAACAGCUUAGUUUUGUUAGCCCUACCCCAGUGGUAUGUACACUGUCCGACCAAACUAUAUAAACUGUGCACGUUCUAUAGUGUUUUACAUCACACUAGUGAAAUUAGUGGGAAUCCUAGUGAUGGAAAUAGCAUUACAAUAAGAAACAUACAGGAUCCACAGCGCUCACUAAACACCAGCUCACAAAAUGUGAUAUUUAUUUUAAACACCCAACUUAAGCAAAAAUGCUGGGUGGUAUGCUGUUUAUUCCUCAUUCUCGGGUCCUCUACCAGAAGCCUGGGAGUGUGAGUGUUCUGCUCAGUAUCUUAGCUGUUCCUAUAACUGCUUAUUCUGGACAGUGAUCUUCAAUGUCUCAUCCGGAACCCCAACUUGGGGUUCACCACCCCGAGUGCUCAUAUCACAAGUGGGACUACUACUGCCUUUACUUUCCGCAUCCUUUUCCAGCUAACGCUGAUAUUUGCAGAUAUACACACACUUUCUGAAUAUUACUCUGUAUAUAUUCUGUAUUGAUUGUUCACUGAACUGCAUAUUGUCAGAAACUGCCACGUUAAUUGCACAUUUUUUAAAUAGGGCAAGCAGCUUUAUAAAAGUGGUAUUUUAUCCAAAAUAAGUAAUCACUUCGUUAUUUCUCCUCCCUUCCCAAAGUUUAUUCUAGUGUGUCCUGUAAUCUCAACACAUCAGGGUUUAUUAAAACCUAAACUGUGAUCUUAAAACUACUUUUCAAAAUUGAGGCCAUACAGGAGAUCUGGAAACAAGUCUUCAUCUUGGCUACAGUAUGGCUGUUUUAGCUUGAAUUUUACAGUUUACUAUUUCACUUUGUAACAGUGGGGUCUCUCCACUCAACUCAGAAUAAUGGAAGGUUGGCGAGAGAUCUGCACAUUUUUGGACAAAGCAGCAGAACUUGCUAAAACCUUAGAGAGGCUCUGUCAUCAAAAAAUGUACUUUAUGUAAUUUGCUUCUAAAUAUCUGUGGAUGUAUCUUUUUUUUUUUUUGUAAUGUUUUUCUUUUUCUGAGCACUUGGAUUUUCAUAAAAUACAUAGAGAAAAGUUUGACUGUUUUUUUUACAUAUAUAGAUACCAGGUUCACAAACCUUAACAAGGGACACGAUAGGCACCAAAACAACUUUAGCUUAAUGAAGCAGUUUUGGUGUAUAGAACAUGCCGCUGCAGUGUCACUGCUCUAUUCUGCCAUUUAGGAGUUAAAUCCCUUUGUUUAUGAACCCUAGUCACACCUCCCUGCGCGUGACUUGCACAGCCUUCCAUAAACAUUUCCUGUAAAGGGACCUAGAUAUUUUAGAUUCCUUUAUUGCACAGUCUGUUUAAUUUGGAAUUUAUCUCCUGCUCUGUUACUAGCCUUCUAAAGCCUGCGGGAGCCUCCUGUGUGUUUUUACAGUUCAGUUUACAGCGCAAGAGGUAUUGAAAGCUGGCAUAAGGAAGAAAAGAUAAAUCUAAAUAAAGGCAAAUGACAAAGCAGGGGGAGGGAGUAUACUUAUUAGGAUUUAGGGAGCAUAAAGAAAGGAAAACCAAAAAAAAAACUAAAAUCUUGACAAAGCCACUGUAAUAGUUUUCAUUACUGCUACUUUGGCUUCAGAUAUGCUUUUUAUGUGCCAUUUUUCCAGUUAAGUGAUUAAACCACAGUCACUGCUAGCUUUGUCUGUAUGAUGUCAAUUCAUGUUGGUUUUUUUUUUUUUUUCUUUGUGUAGACGAAAGUAUUGGGGGGGGAGUCAGAACGCCCUGUGAUUGGGAACACAAUCCAACCUUCCCAAGCCGCAACUUUCAUGAACGACGCUAUUGAAAAGGCCAGGAAAGCGGCCGAGCUACAGGCUCGCAUACAGGCCCAGCUGGCCUUGAAACCCGGACUCAUAGGAACCACUAACAUGGUUGGACUUGCCAACCUGCAUGCCAUGGGAAUUGCACCACCGUGAGUAGAAAGUUCUAACUAUGUAGAGCGAGAGUAAUUUGGGAAUCUGUUCACUGACUCUGGUUUCAAACACUCAAUGCUAAUAUAGCGAAUCAAAAUGUUAAUAUAUUCCUAUACUUGUGUAUAAAGAAAGUAUUGAAGACUCAUUUGUAUAGUUACAAUCUGACACUAAACCUGCCUCUACUGUUUGCUUGUUUAUUGGAUGGUAACAGUAUGAUGCUGCUUGGCAUUGCACAUCACUGUUUCUCUCUAAAAGUGACAGAGAUUAUACAGAGAACUGUAAUCCUCUGUUUUCAGUAGGAGUGAUUUUUGUAGACUCUAGAUCCCUGCUCCACACACACUAAUGGGGUUCACAUGAAUUAGAAGCAAGAUUCAUUUUUCUUCUAUACAUUUGACACAAUGUUUAGAUGGAGUUUCAUUCACUCUAAUAAUUGGAAUAGCAGGGGCAUGCUAAAUCAUAACAUUGCUGUGAUGGAGGUUCGCCCUUGGCAUAUGUUUUAGGACAGAAGGAAUGGUUUGGUGUACUAUACAAACAUCUGUGAAGAUCACCAAUUAGAUAAUGUUAAGACACCCCUGGCACAAAGGAGUGAAAUCGCCGUUUAGUUAAGCUUCCCCUUCCUCAGUAAUGCAGGCUCAAUUCGUGUAUACCUCAACCAUACGAACUGCAACCAGGGGAAUGCGCCAAUCUCCCGAACAGGACAUACAGGCACAAAAUAUUCCCACAAUGCAUCCUGGUUUCCUCCCCUCUGCCCUGGAGAUAAUUGAGAAGUAGUUCCAUUAUCUCCCAGGACAGAGGCAAAUCGCCAUUUUAAAUGAAACACAGAAAACACACAAAAAUGAAUAAUUAUACAACUACCGAAUAUAUUCCAUUCGUAUAACGUAUACCCAGAUAGCCUGGAUCUGAGUGCAUAUUCCUACCGAAUAGCGCUCAGAUCCCAUACGCCAUGGAGUCAAAGUCUCUUACAGGUCUUUCGGUAUGCGAUUGACUCCAUGGGCUGGCUAUCUGUGUUAAGUUCAUUUGUAUCCUCGGAAUUCCCGAACGGCCAGGUGUUCGCAUGCCUCGACGAAUAAGAAGGGCAGUCGGUGGAUUCUGCGUUUUUUUUUUUUGUUUUUGUUUUUUUGUUUUUUUAUAUAUAUAUAUGAAUAUUAGAUUAAUUUAACAUAUGGAUUUGAGACUGUUUUCGUAUACAGUCAACAAAUAUAAAAAUUCUUCCCUUUUUCAGAAAAGUGGAGCUGAAAGAUCAGACAAAGCCCACCCCCCUAAUCUUGGAUGACCAGGGCCGCACAGUGGAUGCCACGGGGAAGGAGAUCGAACUCACCCAUCGCAUGCCAACCUUAAAAGCCAACAUCCGAGCAGUAAAAAGAGAGCAGUUUAAGCAGCAGCUUAAAGAAAAACCGUCUGACGACUUGGAAUCCAACACCUUCUUUGACCCCCGUGUCACAGUCGCUCCUGCACAGCGACAAAAACGGAGCUUCAAAUUCCAUGACAAGGGCAAGUUUGAGAAGAUUGCUCAGCGACUGCGGACAAAGGUAUUUCUUUUAUCAACCCUCAAAAUUUCAGAUCCUGUUUUACUUGUUAUGCCAAAAAAUGACUUACUGCUCCAAGCCUGGUGCCCUCCAGUGGUUAAUUUCUACUUGCCAGAGCUGAAUAUUCCCUUUCUAUUGGAUAGUGGGGAAGUGGAAGAGUUGAGCCCUCAUUUACAUUACUGACUCCUAGACUGUUAACUGGCAAGUCAAUGGUCUGCAGGAGGUGAUGAUAUAAAUGCAUAGUUUGUGUUUAUAAAUGACAUGUAUAUCAUGAUAAAAAAAAAAAUUAGAGAGAGCAGCUCACAGUUUUACUUGUUUUUCUUGGGGCUCAAUAGACCGUAAAUAGACCCAGGUUAUAAAGGCUUUGUUCUCGUAAAUACUAGAAGCCUAAAUGUGUGCUCUUGGCAUCAAAUUGACUGACUAUAUAUGCAAUCAAAAUUUUGCUUUGGGAGAUAAAGAAUGUUAUUUUACAAAUAAUACAAUAAAACCAUUGAAGUAGAAAAGACCAGGGUGUAAAUCUGAGCACAUUACAGCAAGAUGAGAAAAGGAUGCUCCAUGGGCAUCAGAAAGUAUCCUAAAUGGAGGGAAUUAGAAUCCGGACAAGGGGGGGACUUGAAGGGAAAAGGAAAGCUUAGGAUUUAUAAAAUGAGGAAGAGCUGUGUCUGGAGAUCUGUGCGCCACUGGAACAGGCAACGUGCCGGAGAUCUGUGCGCCACUGGAACAGGCAACGUGCCGGAGAUCUGUGCGCCACUGGAACAGGCAACGUGCCGGAGAUCUGUGCGCCACUGGAACAGGCAACGUGCCGGAGAUCUGUGCGCCACUGGAACAGGCAACGUGCCGGAGAUCUGUGCGCCACUGGAACAGGCAACGUGCUGGAGAUCUGUGCGCCAAUGGAACAGGCAACGUGCCGGAGAUCUGUGCGCCACUGGAACAGGCAACGUGCUGGAGAUCUGUGGGCCACUGGAACAGGCAACGUGCUGGAGAUCUGUGGGCCACUGGAACAGGCAACGUGCUGGAGAUCUGUGGGCCACUGGAACAGGCAACGUGCUGGAGAUCUGUGGGCCACUGGAACAGGCAGCGUGCCGGAGAUCUGUGCGCCACUGGAACAGGCAGCGUGCCGGAGAUCUGUGCGCCACUGGAACAGGCAGCGUGCCGGUAUAUCACGCCACAUCCACUGUCUUCCCUCACUGUGAAUAAUGGGCAAUGCCUGGAGUACUGAAGCAAAAUACCAAAAUCCAGCAAUUCUAGACCCAAACUUAGUCAGACUUGUACAACAACAUUUACCUGAUAUUGUUCACACUUUAUCUAUCCCAAUGUAUAGGUUUUCAAGUAUAAGGAUUCCAUUGUAUAACAUAAGUAUGCCCACUUCCCUGAGGUUUGGAAAAUCUCUCUUGAGACCAAAACAUUGCCUGUUUGUAGUAUUGCUAAUAAAAUGGUCUGUAGGUUGCAGACUGUUUAACAUGAGUCCCAGUCAUGUUGAGUGCCCCUGUUUUAUUACUUUUAUAAUGUGCCAGGCUGUGCAAUCUAUGCUGAACCAAUUUGCCUUUCAUUUAAUAGACUCAGCUGGAGAAACUCCAGGCCGAAAUCUCCCAAGCGGCCAAGAAAACCGGCAUCCAGGCUUCAACCAGACUAGCGCUCAUCGCUCCCAAAAAGGAGCUAAAGGAGGGCGAGAUCCCAGACAUUGAGUGGUGGGAUUCCUUCAUUCUCCCCACCGGCACAGAAUUGUGAGUUUUUACCUCUUCUUAUAGAUUUCUUGCACAUAUGCUCAAUAUUUACUUUAAAUAUUCUCUCAUUACCCCUUAAGGACUGAGCCAAAUGUACACGUUGUGAACGAAACAAAAUGUAAAAAUAAGAUUUUUUUUUUAGUUCUACAUGACAUUUUAACGGCCAAUGUCAUACUGUUUGCUUUUACUGCAAUAAAAUACACAUAUUUGUAUUCAGCAAAGUCUCAUGUGUAAAACAGUACCCCCUAUGUACAGGUUUUAUGGCGUUUUGGGAAGUUACAGGGUCAAAUAUAGCACGUUACAUUUGAAAUUGAAAUUUGCCAGAUUGGUUACGUUGCCUUUGGGACUUUAUAGUAGCCCAGGAAUGAAAUUUACACCCAUAAUGGCAUACCAUUUGCAAUAGUAGUAGCCAUUUGGUCACAAAGGGGUACUGAGUACUCGGGAGACUUCGCUGAACACAAAUAUUUGUGUUUCAAAACAGUAAAAAGUAUCGCGGCAAUAAUAUCGUCCGUGUAAGUGCUGUUUGUGCGUGAAAAAUGCAAAAACUUCACUUUUACUGGCGAUAUCAUUGUUGUAAUACAUUUUACUGUUUUAAAACACUAAUAUAUGUGUUCAGCGAAGUCUCCCGAGUAGAACAGUACCCCCCAUGUACAGGUUUUAUGGUGUCUUGGAAAGUUUUAGGGUUAAAUAUAGUGCUAGCAAAUUAAAUUCCCUUUACUUUCGGCAUGGGUUGUCAGGUCCCGCUAAUUGUAAUUAAUUAAGAUACCUAAUUAUGUAAAAAUAUUACAUAAAUAUAUAUGUAGAAUUAAUAUAUAUAUAUAUGUGUGUGUGUAUGUAUGUGUGUGUGUGUGUGUGUGUGUGUGUAUAUAUAUAUAUAUAUAUAUAUAUAUAUAUAUAUAUAUAUAUAUAUAUAUAUAUAUAUACACACACAUAUGUGAAUCUAUAUGUGUAUAUAUAAUUUUUUUUAUAUAUAGGUAUAUAUAUAUAGUGAUAUAUACGUAUAUAUUUACAUAUUUAAUUUUUUUAUAUUAUAUAUAACAAUUAUAUAUAUUUAAUCAGUAUCAGUCUACGUGUAAUUUGAUAUUAAUAUAUAUAGUAAAAUACACCUAGACCGUAUAUAUAUAUGUGUGUGUGUGUGUGUGUGUGUGUAUAUAUAUGUGUAUGUGUGUAUAUAUAUAUAAAAUAUACUUAGAUCAUAUAUAUUUUAUUUUUUUUUACACUUAAACUUUUAUUAAUUUUAUUUUCAGCUAGCAGGGGGACCACCUGUCAUUCCUGCUGGCAAUGCAGGAGGCAGCUACCCCCGGCCAUGUGAUUGUGGGGUCCUCGCAUGGCAUGCUUUAAUGGCAUGCUGUGGUUCCAUUAAAGUGCCUUUUUUUUUUUUUUUUUUUUUUUUGAACCAAGGAGUGCCUGGACCAAUAUUUUGGAAUUUGGUGUUUGGUUCCUGGUACAGACUCAGACUGAUGGGAGUGAGUGCAGUUCCCUACAUAUCCUUUUGAUUGUUUUGGAUCUCAAACUUGCCCCUUCGGUGGUUGGAUUACCAUUUAUCUUUUAUGUGCACUUCAUGUAGAUUUUUCUUGUUUGUUUAUGUAAUUAAUGGUUCACCUUUACUAAACCGCUAUUUAUAUCUUUACUUUUUUCUUUACUUUUUUAGAACAGAAGAAAGUUUAUCCAAACGAGAGGAAUUCUAUGGUAUAACAAACCUCGUAGAGCACCCGGCACAGCUCAGUCCCCCAGGUAAAAUAAUCAAUCUGCAAAUAUUAGUUAACCCUAUGGUCUAUAAUUAUGCACCAUGCAUACAAUUAGAGGCACUACUGAGCCUGUACAUCCGUUUCAUUAUUUUUUAUUGAAGUAGAAAUCAAUUCAUGUGGCUUGUGAAUAAGCGGCACGCCACUGCCCAAAUACAAAAUAAAUACAAAUCAGUGUUAGGUAGAUAUACCCCAAAUGAAAUGUUGCAUUUAUUCAUUGGAGUUAUAUCUAAAAAUGAAUUUAAAAAAGAAAACAUAGAUCUCUUGUCUGCAGCCUUUGCUAGCCCUCCCCUUCGAACUCUGCCUAGACUUUCUGUGGCUGUCCAAUCACGGACUUUUCAAUGCAGUUCUAUGAGAAGUAUUUGCAAAGCAGGUGCUCUGGGCAAUUGCUGCCUCUCGAGUUCAGUGCAAAGAAGCUAACCAAACCAGGAAGUAACAGGACCAGUCUGCUUGGAAAAGCUGGGUGGGUGUAACCAGCAUCAUUUAGAAAAGUGUACAUUUCUGUUGAAAUUGCACUUUUUGUAAAUGAGGAAGUGUUACUAGGUAUAAAAGCGCCAAGUCCUGUCCUAUGUCCAUUGAUUUUAAGGCACGGCAGUGUUAAAUUGGCUAAACCUAGCCCUGAUAUUGCUGCUGAAAUAAAAUGACCAGAUAGGCUGGCAAUUUCAAGGCCAGGUUUAGCCAAUUUAAUACAGCUGUGCCUUAAAAUCAAUAGACAUAGGACAUGAGUUGGUGCUUUUUAAAUAGUAACUACGUAUUCGCCACCUUUUUUUUGUAUGUAGGGGGUGGGUUUAUCCUAGACUAUUUCUUACCAGAUGUUUUAUCAGACGCCCAGUGUUUGGACUGAUGAGCACUCUGUGUUUGCAGUCUGUCUCAAACUAAGCCGGUAUUAAAUGUACUAAGGUUUAGAAGCUUGAUUUACGCAAGUGUCUGUUUACUGUUAAUUGUAACAAGCCUACAUACUAAUCCUGUUGUUAAGUCUCUUGGUAUGGUAUUGUAGUACGUACAGAACAUGCAUGCCAGGUUAGGAUUAAGGAAAUGCACACAGUGACGUUUCCCAACUCUUAACUAGUGGGGUGAAACGUGGCGGUGUUUGUGUUUUGGAUAAUGAGCUUUUUUGUUUGUUUUUUGUUUGUUUCACCUUCUGUAUUUUGUUCUGCAGUUGACAAAGAUGCUCCAGUAACACUAGGAAUUUACCUUACACAAAAAGAACAGAAAAAGCUGCGCCGUCAGACAAGGCGAGAGGCACAGAAAGAGCUGCAGGAGAAAGUACGUCUAGGGCUGAUGCCACCACCAGAACCCAAAGGUAAGAUCGUCACACAGCUUUAUUGCUCUAAUACAGGUGCGCUCAAAAGUAGGUCACCAGAUGUUUUAAAACUACAGCUUCCAUGAUGCUUUGUCAUUCUAAAGGCAUACAGAGCAUCCUGGGGGUUGUAGUAAUACACCACCUGUGAUCUACCUUUUGAGCACUUAUGCGCUAAUAUAGCUAGCUGCAUUACGGUGUUGUUUUCUGCUGCACAUGUUGUUCCAUAGUUGUAUGUAAAUGGUUACUCUAAUCUUAAUGACCCAUUCAGUGAUUUGAAGUGGUUAUGGCGCCUGCAGUCUGUAUGUGCAGCAUAUUUAAACUCAGCACAUACUAAGUUUAACACCUCUGCUGCUAGAGCUGUAAUUCCAUUUAUGGCAGCGUCAUCACAGUAUCAUGAACCAGCACAAAACCGUGAAAUUAAUUGGUUGAGAGUGGUCAGCUGAUUCUUGGCCAAUGAAUGAGCAGCAGGAUUGGCAUCUGGCGUUUGCAGCCAGAUGUCGCAAACCUGCAUCAAAGUAGACCAGUUGCCCCAGCGGGACCCAGGUGAGAGGACACACUGUUGCAUAACAAUUUGCUCCAAUACCAGGAAACGGCGGUAGAGCACUCCUCACAGCAUAACCGCUAUAGUGCACAUGAUGAUUGAAGUUACUCCCUUAAUAUUGAUUAAUGCACAAGAAUCAGGAAUAUAGGAACUGGUGACAAAGCGAGAGUGGUUAGGCUGCUUCCCAGACGUAGCUUAUAAUAAAGUAUUCUGAGUACUUGCUCUUGUAUAGAAUAAAAGAUGUCAAUACAAUAUCUUUUGUUUACUGAAGCAGAGUGAUCUACCAUAUAAAUGGUCCAGGAAGAAAGACUCCUUAAAGAAUUUGUAGUCCCAGAUAACAUAAGAUCCACAGGGAGAGAUUCCUUCCACCAAAACAAUGCUAUGGGGCUGACGGUGCAUUAUAUAAAUCUGGUCACCCCAAUGCAUUAUGGCAGUUUUGCAUUAAGGGAGGCAUUAUCUACGCGUAUAUCCAGUACUCUCACUCUUAUAUGCAACCAAUUGUAAUAUCUUAUGAUUCAGCUAAUUUUUUUUUACCAGGUUAGGCAUGUAAGAAGGUUGUGAUCUGCAUUUUAAAGUUCACAAAGGUACCUGAUAUGCCAGUUAAAGCACCCACAUGGUGCCCUCAAUCCUAGAACACACAGUGCUCUUCUGUGAAGUCUCCAUAGAUUAGGUAGUUUAUAUGUGUAUACAGGUGCCUAGCUGGUUUGUCUAGUUGACUACCUGGAGUUCAUCUACCUGUUCUAUAUGUGUAUAUUGCUCCAUGACUUGAUGUCUCUUCUAUUCUUUGUUUCUAAAGCAUGUAUAAUGGUAUACAGAGCCUGUACUAAAGAAAUAUAUUUUUGUUCCAGUGCGAAUAUCAAAUUUAAUGAGAGUAUUGGGGACAGAAGCUAUUCAGGACCCAACAAGGGUGGAAGCCCAUGUCAGAGCUCAGAUGGCAAAGAGACAGAAGUAAGUUAUCUCAUAUAUGCAGUACAGAUCAGGUCUGCUCCUGGAAACUGAAUAUGUAGUUGGAGAGGGGGAAAAAGUACUUGGGGAAACUGCCAACAUAAUUUUUUUUUGUUAUUAACAUUUGUUCUAUUCUUAUCACUCUAAACCACUUAUUGGCUGGAUGGAUUAGGCCAGUUGGAGUUGUAUUGCAUUGUAUACUUUGUUUUCAUGUUAUAAAGACUGUCUGUUGUUUUGUUCUUCCCAGAGCUCACGAAGAAGCAAAUGCAGCCAGAAAAUUAACAGCGGAACAGAGAAAAGAGAAAAAAGUAAAAAAGCUAAAAGAAGAUAUUUCUCAAGGUGUCCACGUAACUGUAUAUAGGUGUGUAUCAAGCCACUAGUGAGAUCAGGCCCCAGCAGUCAUUAAACAAAACUGUCCACUUAACUGUAUAUAGGUGUGUAUCAAACCACUAGUGAUAUCAGGCCACAGCAGUCAUUAAACAAAACUGUCCACACACCUCUCCGUUUCAUUGUCCUCUCCUCUGUUAUUUUAAUGUAGAGUGUCUGCAUUUUUGUUUUUCUGCAGGAACAAAUAAUUGCACAAGCAAUGAUUUCAGUGUCAGUAAAACUGGAUUUUCUUAGUCUAAAAACUAAAUUUCGUUUUGUGCAUAGGCACUUGUUUCAAGAAGAUACACGUUUGUCAUUUAGGAUAUGACUAUUUUGAUACUCUGAUUGUCCAGAACAUUAAGAUCCCAGAGUAUGCAAACAAUGUAUUCCUUUUUUUACUGGUUUACAAAUAGCAAAAAAAAACUUAGUACAACAAUGCAUUCCUCUUGAAAGUGCAUUUUUUAUGGUACCAUUCCAGAUAGACGGGCACUGUUUCAGUUACACUUGCUGUCUGUUUGAUAUAAGUUCUCAAAUCCUCAGAAGUGUCAGUAAGUGAAAUGCAGUAUGAGCACAGUUAGUGUGGCUGAGAGACUUGUUUGGAAAUGUGUGUGGGAAGACACAAAGAGUGGACAGGUUAAACCAGGUCAAACAAGUGGAGAAAUAGACGAUGAGCGGUAUAAGAGAGUCCAUUUUUGUGCUUUUGGAGGAAUAGAAUACUCAAUUAUUCAGUAACAGCAAAGCCAGUAUGUAGAUCUCAAUCUGCCAUUGAACUCCAGGCCCCAUAAUGCUCACCCAGGCACACACAUCUUUGGCCUGGUAGCAUCAAUGUUUGGAGAGAAGUUAACUGAUGAUUACCCAAGAAAUGUUUGGGUAUUAGGUGGAAGGACUUUGUAUUUUGCUGUGUUUAUUCCUGUAGGUCAAUGAUUAGCUGUACAUUUAUAAGUGAAAUAAUGAAUUUCCUGUCUUUUCGAUUCAUGCAACGCUUUGCUUAUCUGCAAUGGGUUUACUGUUUACUUUUUUUUUUUUCUUAGUAUAAGGAAUUUAAGCAACCCAUCCAAAAAGUUCAAGAUUGAAGCCAACGCAGGCCAGUUAUACCUAACGGGAGUCGUAGUUCUACAUAAAGAUGUCAAUGUGGUAGUGGUAGAAGGAGGUAAGUACAAUCCCUAUAUCUGGAGCAUUUAUAAAGGAAUCUAGGUGCCAAUAAAGUAACUUCUUAUACUUUAUAAAGCACCUCCACAUUCUGCAAGGCUGCCCAUGAAUACAAAUUGGUACAUGUAAAAAGACUAAGGUACCGUACAUCGACGACAAUACACAAAUUGACAAACAAAUGCAGAAGGAGUUGAAUGUCAUAUUUCUGUGGGCGCUUACUGGGAUAGGAGGGGUGAGAAACAGGCCAUGAGGAUUGCAUAUAAUAUCGCAAACUGUAAAUUAGUAGCACAAAUGCACCCUUCCAUUUGAAAAAUGUUGUAACUUUAUUUGAAAGUUUUUAGUAAGUUAUAAUAACAGUACAGUCGCUCCUGCAUUUAAUCAGUGUUAUUUUUUUCUGUGUAGUGCGCAUGGUUGGUUGCAUUACUUUUAAUCAUCAUGGACAGCUCUGAAAAUGUACAAUUCACACGCACCGUCAAAAUAUUUGUUCCUAUUCAGGUUGAUUUUCUGCAGACCGGCUGGCUGACCAGAGUUAUAUACUAAAACCAUAGCUGAUUUACACAAUGUUUCCAGUUCGGCUAUUUUUGCCUUAAAUUUGAAAUUCUCUUUGAAUUCUGUCUUUAGUGAAUAACCCUGAUGGUUUACAUUAGUUCAGUGAGCUUGUUUACAACGCUGUUUUCGAGAUACACUUUCCAUCAAGUGCUGGGAUCUGCCUGAAAGGCUUUUCUUCAUAGACCUUGAAAGUUCACCACGACAAAGCAGACUCGCUGAUUAGUGUUUGCUGUUAAAGACUUGUUUCCACUCCGUACACCGCCCCAGUAAUUGCUGGAGGAAAUAAAGGGGAACUUUUAAAAAAAAAAAAAGCAUGACUUUUUAUGACUCCUACGGUGAUCAAAUACUUCUACUGUCAUUAUUACCUAAAAUGUUUGUUUCCAGUGUAAUGUCUGCUCACCUUGAAAUCCGUAUCAGUGAUUUAUCUGAUUGUUUGUUGUAUUUGAUAUCUUUAGGGCCUAAAUCACAGAAGAAGUUUAAAAGGUUGAUGCUCAGUCGAAUAAAGUGGGAUGAACAGACAACGAACACAAAGGGAAACGGUGAGGACUGUCUUAGUUACAUAGCUGAAAGUACACGUGUCCAUCAAGUUCAGCCUUUCUCACAUCUUUUCUGCGUUUACAGAGCAUUAAGAAAAUUGCAGGUUUAGGAGGAAAUUGAAGCACAGCUCGUUGUGGUUAGGUUCUCUUAGAGUUACCCGUUAUAAAGAUGGCUUUUUGAAUUCCUUCACUAGAAAUCUAGAGAAUUCAUGCCAUAUGAAUGGGAUAAUGUGUUUGAUGUUUACUCUUAUUUAUAUUGUGACUCUUAAAUUAUACAUUAAAUCAUUUAGGACAGACUUUUGACAAAUUUUCCCAGGAAAAAAAAAAAGAGCCAACCAAAAUGUAAAUUUUUUUUGAGAGCUCUGGGUGGUUAGUUUUACUUUGUUUAAAUUUCACUCAAAUAAAAACUUUUCUAAUGACAUAAAACAUGCUAUGUUUAACCAUUUGUGACUGUAGUUGGACCAGAUUAUUUUUCUCAUGAAGCUUAUCCAGUCUGACGGCUGAGCCCCAAGGAAAAUAGACGGCAGCAGAUUGGAUACAAAUUGUAGAUUUAUUUGAUGGUAAACCUGCGGCAGACAAGCUGCUAUAAACUGUUUUUCCCAUAAUUCCAAUGAGUGACCCAGAGUCAUUGGAAAUUAAAUCCUUAAUAGAUUAUCAUGUGUUACUAACCACGAAUGCCGUAACCGUUGUGGUCUCAUUUCCCUAAUGCUCACCCAGCCUAAAGAUUGCACAUUGGCAGUAAAAGACCUCAUUUAAUGUACUGUUUAGUUGGCUUGAUGCUGCUGAAGCAUCAUUGGAAAUGAAGUACAUUAACAGCUACAGUGUGAUAUGAUAUCAGAGAAAUUGCUUUCCCACCUGGCAUUCUGAGUCCGUACCAGGAGAAUGUGAUGUUAUAUUACUUCUUACUGAGUGACUUCGGAGUGUUUUACAGGAGGAUAGGUGGAGCCCUGAAGCUAUCUCUGCAUGCCACUUUAUAGACCUGGUUCUUGGCCCCUGAUGGACAGAGAGCCGUUCUCAGCCCGGGUCCCAUUUCUGUGGCAUACUGGAACCCUGGCUUUAUUGAACCCAAAUUUAGAUUAGAUUUAGAAGCCAAGGUGGUUUGCGUGCUAUCCUACCUGCAGGUUGUAAUAACAAGAAAGUCUUGAUUGUUUAGAAACUCGUCUUCUUUUAAUUUGUUGCAGAUGAUGAUGAAUCAGAUGAGGAGUUGGUUAAAAAGUCCAAUAAGUGCUCAUUAGUUUGGGAGGUGAGUAACCUUGUCCAAAGGAAUACCUAAGAUGCAGUCCAUACUUUGUUUUGUAUAUCUUUUUAUCUUUUGUAUAUGAUGUGGGUUGUUUUUUUUCUUCCAAUUCUUUAUUUUUGUUGUGCAUAGAGUAACAAAACAAACUCGCAUAGUCACAACUAUUGCAGGCAAAUUAAAAUGAUUCAGAUCAUCAGAAUGGGAGGGCAAAAGGUGGCUCAAAAAUACUAAGUGAUGUAGGUAGAUUUGUAAAGAACUCCCACACAGAGCUGGCCGUGUGCCUCAGGUAGGCCCUGUGUCAGCCUGUCCCCCUACUCAGGAGUGUUUUAUCGCUAGGGAAUGUGGCAAGGUAGGAGCAGGGUCGGGUAUCCCUCAAGCCUGGAACAAAGAUCCGCAUUAGGUAACCACAGACUGUCAAAGUCCCUCCCUAUUGAGAGAUUGCAGAUGCUUUUGGUGGUGUGUCGCCCUGGAUAGCAUCUCCCACAUAAGUGGGAGAUGUGACUGGGUAUUACCCCUAAUGGUUUUCAGCCCAGAUAGGCCGGGGUUGAGUGGCAUUGGUGCUUGUGUGGUUGCAUCGCACGGAGCAGGCUCCCGCCCCCCACCUUUGUCACCCCGCUCACCCUCCUGGGGUCGAAUCGUCGGUACUUCCAUGCGAACUUCUAGUUUUUCCCAGAAGAUGGCAAAAAUAUCUUCCAGUCAUUGUAGCAUGUGGUCUGACUUUCUGUGUUGUCUUGGGUCGUAGCGGCUCAGGAGCAUGUGGUGAGACCGCAGACAUCAUGUUGAAGGACCCAGCAGCAGUCAUAAUCUGUGCAGUGGCAGUAUUCUAUACGCAGCCUAAGCUUGAGAAUCAUGUCAGUGGGGACCGGGAUAACCCCUACCAGUCCAAAGGGGUGGGGGUGAGCGGAGCUAGGAACAGGUUCUACACAUUCGGCCAAAGAACUAGGAGAGCGGCUGUGUAGGCUUCAAAGCUUUGAUUCAGGCACUCCAGUGGUGAGGGGAUGGCUUAAGCUGUGCUUUGCGAUGCGUUUGGGCGGCGGGAGAGUGGCCAUCUCUCCCUUAUCCACCUCGUGUGUAGGCCUCAAUGGCUGGAUGAUUGGGACCAGAGCGUAGAACCUCGAGACCUACUGGAUGACACCUCUCCCGGUGUCCCGAAUCACUUAAGAGCCAAAAGAAGUUGGGUUACAUGUUCUGUUCAGCAGGAUUUGAUUCUUUUUGCGUGAGAUUACAGGACCAGCAGCACUAUGCGUCUGCUCUGCAGUCAGGCCCCGCUCCCCCCCAGUUGUUUUAAUUUUAUUUUUUUCUUAUUUUGAAAUUAAAAGUGACAGGUCAGCUUUCAAGAAGCAAUAUCCUGUAAUAUUAACUGGAAUAAAUGCAUUAAAAACAAUCACUACUAGCAAUAUGUUUCUCUUUCUGUCCUACAUGGCAAUUCGCCCAUAGCUGCUCCUCUCGCUAUAGCUGUAGAAGGUGCUAUGUAACUUUUGUGAUGGAGAUUGGAUGUUUGUUACUCUCCUGUUUGUGUCACUGUUAACACGUUUUACUUUUCUGGCUUUUAGGGUACAGUUAAGGAACGCAGCUUUGGCGAUAUGAAAUUUAAACAGUGCCCAACGGAAAACAUGGCACGAGAGCACUUUAAAAAGCACGGGGCAGAACAUUAUUGGGACCUGGCACUGAGCCAGUCUGUGCUGGAAACUGCAGACUAAGACCUCUUCUAUCUUUAUAGCAAGGAUAGAUUACCCAUGCUGCACCACUCAAACCGAGGAACGAACUCCAGACAGACCUCUUUAAAUCACAGUGUUCAAAGCUGUGUUCAGCCUAAAAUGCAUCAGUGGUUUAUUUAUGAGCAAACUCCCAUUCUCUUCCGGUUACGGCAAAGCUCUUCCUUUAAAUAGCACUGCAUUGUGGGUAUUAACCUGUCUGUGGCAUGAAGUGUCACGCCAUUGUGAAAACAAACUCAGUUUGAUGCAGUUUUUGCCGCUCCAAAUAUCUGGUCAUACAUAUAUAAAUAGUCUUUGGGUUUUUUUUGUUUGUUUGUUUUUUGUUUUUUAAUAUUUCCCACUUUUUUUUUUUUCUAGGCCAUACAAAAAAGAGGCUUUCUUUUUAAUAUCGUUUAUUAUUAAAACGAUUUAUUUUGAAUAAAAGUAGGCCUUGUUUUGUAUUAAGCCAGGGAUUCCCUUGGUUUUUCAUGCAAAUAAAAACAGAAAAAUUAACUUGAGUGGGUGAUGUUCUUACUACAGAUUCACAUCUACGCAGAAGUUGUUUUUAAUAUGCCACAAUCAUAAUGCCUUUCUAUACAAUACAUCUGGGGAAAAGAUGAACUACUACACAAUAUUCUCUUUUCUAAUUUAUCAGAUUGUUUUUUUUUUUUUAUGGCUAUAAUUGUAAAUGGGUUUUAUGCAGUUAACCUAUUAGCAAUAGCAGAACCAGAAUUCUAGUCUUCAAAUAGCAAAACUUUGUUGGAAAGAGUUUGAUAACUUUGAAUUCCCGGACAUAAUAAAGAUUUUGUUC